CGCGAACCAGUUCUUGUACGAGGCCUUGAAGCCCGCCAAAUCUCUAUGAUUGCUCUUGGAGGCGCGGUCGGGACAGGUCUCAUCAUCGGUUCUGGGACAGCUCUAGUUCAAGGUGGACCGCUAGGUUUGCUACUGGGCUAUACCUUUGUGGGGGCUGUAUGCUACUUUGUUAUGGUUGCACUUGGCGAGAUGGCAGCAUACAUACCUCACAGGAAAGGCUUCGCGGGAUAUGCGACACGUUUCGUUGAUCCAGCUCUAGGUUUCGCUCUUGGCUGGAAUUAUCUUUUCAAGUACCUCAUAGUUAUGCCGAAUAAUAUCAAUGCAGCUGGUGUCGUUGUGGAGUAUUGGACCUCAUCCGUCCCAACAGAGGCAUGGAUGGGUAAGUGUAAAGUCCUCCUGGUAAACUUGCUUGGAGUGCGCGUUUUUGGAGAACUUGAAUUCUGGUUCAGUACUGUGAAAGUCAUAUCUUUGAUAGGACUCAUCCUAAUGGGCAUCAUCAUUGACCUCGGGGGCAAUCCAAGUCACGAUCGUAUUGGCUUCAGAUACUGGAGGCACCCAUAUGGCCCCAUGGGCACUUACCUCCUUAGUCAAGUCCAUAAUGAAAAGCUGUCAAUCUUCCUGGGGUUUUGGAGCACUCUAACCAAUGCCCUCUUCGCAUACAUAGGGACGGAGCUCGUGGGUGUUACAGUCGGUGAGGCACAAAAUCCAAGAAAGAACAUACCAAGAGCUAUACGGAGAACCUUCUUCCGCAUCCUCGUUUUUUAUAUUUGUGGCGUCUUCGUGAUAGGCUUGAUUGUUCCAAGUACCAGUAAUAUGCUGUUCGUCGCAAACAAGUCACAAACUGGGGCUGCCGCGUCUCCUUUUGUUGUCGCUACUACGAUAGUUGGAAUUCGAGUCCUAAAUCAUGUCAUCAAUGCUGCUAUCCUCAUUUUUGUCAUGAGUGCCGCCAAUACUGAUAUGUAUAUUGGCUCAAGGACCCUGUAUGGUCUUGCUAUAGAAGGGAAAGCUCCACGUAUAUUUGCCAAAGUGAAUAGAAUGGGUGUUCCGUGGCCUGCCUUGUUGCUGUGUUCAUCGUUCGGCUUUUUGACCUUCCUCAACGUCAGCUCGUCGAGUGCCCAAGUCUUUGGCUACUUUGUCAAUCUGGUGUCAACUUUUGGUGCUAUCACAUGGAUGUGUAUCACUUAUACUCAUAUUGCCUUUAUGAGCGCUUUGGAAGCUCAAGGGAUAAGUCGAAAUGAUUUGCCUUAUAAAGCGCCGUUCCAACCUUACGGGUCUUGGUUCGCGUUCAUCUCAACGGCUAUUAUUACUAUCUUCAAAGGCUUUAACACUUUCAUCCCAUUUACCACUGCUACUUUUAUUACAUCCUAUAUUGCGAUACCUGUUUUCCUUGUAUUGUGGCUUGGAUACAAACUGUACUACCGAACACGAGUGGUACGUCCAUUGGAAGUUGAUUUGGUCACUGAUCAGGAGGAGAUAGACGAAGAAGAGCACUUUAUGGAAAUAAAUAAAAUGGAGAAACCUGCGACGAGAUGGCGGAAAGUCUGGGAUUCGCUAUGAACUUCAUCACAGUUUCAGGGG